AUGAAGGUAAUCAAGGAGCUGGUUGCUCCGGCAGCCGUGGGCGAACUCAUGAGCAGGCUAAUCUCCUUCCUUAUUUCCCGCUACACCAAGCAAACAUGUCGGAAGGAGGACAUGUUUCUUCAGCUCGAGCUUGUUGCGCUGAAGAUCCAUGCCCUAGUGGAUGAAGCGGAGCGGCGGCACCUCGCCCAAAACCAGAGGUUGCUCCUGUGGCUCAGCAAGCUCAUGGAGGGCAUGUACCGUGCAUACUAUGUGCUCGACCAUCGUCAUGACGGUUCCUUGCUGGUGAGCAGCUCCUGGUCAUUCUCCUUGUCUCCUUCAUCUCGGCCUGCCAAGCGACUUUGCAUUUCCAAUGCUCCUCAACCCGUUUGUGCAGCCGAUCACAACGGACUAGAAGAGGAAUUGAGUGCCACGCUCCGAAGAUUGGAACAGUGUGCAGAAGGGAUGAAGGAAUUCAUUCUACUUCUUGCAUGCUGUCCUACUAUACCCCGGCGUCCUGCUGUCUCCAGUUUUCAAUCUGAUGACAGAUACAUGUUUGGCCGGCUUGUUGAGAGGGAGCAGAUAAUCAGUUUUCUGCUACAGCCUGAGACUGAUAGCAGCAGCUUGGGCGUUCUACCGCUUGUAGGUGGCCCGGAGGUCGGCAAGGGCACCAUUGUCAAGCAUGUUUGCAGUGACGAGAGGGUGCGCCGUCAUUUUGUCAUGAUCCUGUACUCCUAUGGGUCUCUUCUUGGUGACAACUCUACCCAAGAUGUUCUGCUCACACUGCGAACUGGUGGCCACGUCCUUCACGAGACCUCACCUGUCGUCUCAGGAAGGAAUGGGAGCAGGCAUCUUCUUGUGAUUAAAAACACCUACGAAGUAGUGAUCGACGAGGCAGCAUGGGCGUCGCUCUGUGCGUCUCUGAGGUCCACCGCGCCGGGAAGCAAGGUCAUAGUCGUCAGCGAGAACGACAGCGUCGCGGACCUCGGCACCACCGCCGCCAUGCGAGUGAAGCCACUGCCGCGGGAGGAGUUCUGGUACUUCUUCAGGACACUCUCUCUCGGUGGUGCCAGCGAUCCCGGGGAGUAUCCGGAGCUCGCGGUGCUGGGCAGACAGAUUGCGGCGGCGCUUGACGGGUCGUUCUUCGGCGCCAAGGUCCUCAGCAGCCUACUCAGGACCAACCUCAAUGCGCAAUUCUGGGGCGCCGUGCUCGGCGUCGUGCGCAGAUUCGUCGCGGAGCUGCGUGGUGACGAGGAUCACUUCUCAAAGCUUGGUGUCGCCAAGAUAGCGUUGGAGAUACUCCCUGUGCCAUUGAGGCUCAAGAGCGCCGGUCAGACGACCCGAGUGGCCGCCGAGGCUGAGGCUGAGCUGCAGGGAAUCACCGUCCAGGAACUACUGCGUUCAGCCAGAGCUGUUCCAAGAGAGGAGGUGCGAAUUGUGCUGUGGGAAUCUGCGUGCCCACCGAACUAUCGCUACACUGUCGUGUGCGAGAAGGUAGAAACACAUGGUCCACAUGCAAACAUCGAGCGGAAGAGGCAUGCUAGGCAGCAGCAGUAG